AUGGCAACUGGCAAGGAUUAUGCAAAUAUAAAAAUAUUUGAAAUCGAAUGUAAAUUAGUCGGGUAUGAGAAUAUUCGAGUUGAAAUUGAUGCUCAGGGAAAUUUACAACAUAUUGUUAAUUUAAGAAGGAGUUUUGAUGUAUCAUUUUCAAAUCAAGGUUUCUAUUGGUAUCAAGGCUUCCCUGGUAAUAAUUCUCAUCCUGAAUUUCAAGCAUCUGGUGCUUAUGUCUUUCGACCGCUUACACAAACUGCCGAACCUGUUAGUCAAACUCGUACAAUCACCUGCAUGAAAGCACUAAGUGUUCAGACAGCCGUGAUUGUUUUCAAUGACUGGGCAAGUCAAGAAAUAAGUUUAUAUGAUGAAGCUCAAAAUGUUGAAGUUGAAUGGACAAUUGGACCUAUUCCAGUCAGUGAUAAUAUUGGAAAAGAAAUUAUUAUUCGUUACGAUACGGAUAUUCAAAGUCAAGCAAAAUAUUAUACUGAUGCAAAUGGACGUGAAGUUCUUGAACGAACAAGAGAUUAUCGACCAACAUGGAACUAUACAGUUCUUGAACCAGUGAGUGGAAAUUAUUAUCCAGUAAAUAGUCGAAUAUGGAUUAAAGAUCAAACUCGACAAUUCACUGUUCUCACAGAUCGCUCCCAUGGUGGUGCUAGUCUUCAUGAUGGUUCUGUCGAAAUCAUGUUACAUCGACGCCUUCUCUACGACGAUGACCUUGGUGUUAGUGAAGCUUUGAAUGAAUCUGCAUUUGGUGAAGGUCUUGUUGUUCGUGGUAGACAUUCACUUAUUGUAGAUGCACCUGCUACAAGUGCUCUUGUACAUCGUGUUAGUGCUCAAAAUAUGUACAUGCAUCCGCUUGCUGUAUAUUCAUUAACUCAACAAACUUAUGCUAAUUAUUCAACUGCAUAUCGUCUAACAUGGUCAGCAUUAACAGAUGUAUUACCAUUGAAUCUUCAUUUAUUAACAUUAGACCAAUUAGGACCAAAAGAUUAUCUUAUUCGUGUUGAACAUUAUUUUGAAUUGAAUGAAGACGAUACAUAUUCACAUCCAGUGACUAUUGAUUUACAAUCGAUAUUGAAAUCAAUUGGAACAAUUACUAACACAGUUGAGUUGACACUUGGUGGAAAUUUACCACUAGCUGAGUUGCAACGACUGAAUUGGGUCACUAGUGAUAAGCAAUCAUCUCGUGCGACUGAUCAUAAAGAGCAAUCAUUGAACGAUACAAGCGUCAGACUCACACCAAUGCAAAUCCGAACAUUCCAAGUGACAGUGGCAUAG